AUGGUGGUCACCAUAGUACUCCGAGUGGCCUUCAGCCUGAUUGGCUGGUUCUCCCUCUACAGCUGGUCUUGCCACUGGUACAAGAACCGCACCUACGAGUGGAGCUGCCGACUGGUUACUCUGACUCACGGGGUCUUUGCCACCUGCCUCUCGGGUUACAUCUGUUUCAUUGAUGGCCCGUGGCCUAUGUCUUAUCCAGGGUCUCCAAAUACCACGCUCCAGGUCCAUGCGCUGUGUAUGAGCUUGGGCUAUUUCCUCUUUGAUCUGGGCUGGUGCGUCUACUUCCAGGCAGAAGGGGUGUUGAUGUUGGCCCAUCACACCGUCAGCAUUCUGGGCAUCACGGUCUCCAUUGCCCUGGGCGAGUCAGCUGCGGAAGUCAACGGCGUCAUCUUUGGCAGCGAGAUCACCAACCCGCUCCUGCAGGCCCGCUGGUUUCUCCGGGAGAAGGGUCUCUAUCCCGGUUUCACAGGAGACGUGGUGGAUUUCCUCUUCAUCGUACUCUUUGCUGGGAUGGGACUUCCUCAUACAAGAGAGUUGCUGGUCUUUGCCCCCACCAACCUGAACAAAGCAAAUCUAGGCUCUCCCAACCCCUAAAGCCCGAAAAGUAAAUGCAAUAAUCAUUGUGUGCGUUUGUGAAGUUUAUUUACUUAUUUAUUUAGACUAUUCCUAGACCCCCCCUUUAAGGGCAAAAGCUCUGCAAAAGCAGCUUACAUAAUCAAAUCCCAUACUAUCAUAAAACAGCAAAAUGCAUAAAAUCAAGUUAUGCAAGUCUGGAUGGAGCUCUUUGUUAAGUUUUGGUGUCUCGGUACAUUGUGUGUUGAGGGUUUUUAAAAGCAUAGAUCUCCCCCCACCCCCCCCCCAAAAAAAACACACCUCCCCACCCUGCCCCCAGAGUCUGUGAGAUCUAUGUACAUUAGAGGCAUGCAGGAUGGAGGUCAACGUGCACAAGGAAAAGGCUGAGCCAAGUUCUUAACUUGACAUAAUCACUAAUCCACUGGCUCAGAGAGGUCACUUGAGCUACUCUGAUGCUUUGGAGUGGCAGGACUGAAUCUGUGACGUCUGGUUGCUGCCUCCCCUAGAUAAGAACAGCCCAAGUGUGGCCAGGUGCAAGAGAGCAAUCU